CCUUCAUUCUCUCGCUCACAACAUGAAAUAAUCUUGUGAUUUUUUUAGGAUUGAACUUUUCCACAGCUGUAUGAGUUGGUGUGGGUUCAUGUGAGAGCAGGGAACACUGGCUUACUGGUGACAGGACCGAAAGGUUGAGGGUUCAAGCCCAUCACAUUGAGCUGAGGAUCUGCUCAGACACAGAGUGACUUUACAUACAUCUGAUAAAUGACACGAGUUACUUUGCAUGUUUAUAGAGCUCUGUGUCUGUCUGUGUGAGAGUGUGUGUGUGUGUGUGUGUGUGUGUGUGUGUGUGUGUGUGUGUGUGUGUGUGUGUGUGUGUGUGUACCUGUUUUUCUAUUCAGGUGGGGACUUAAACCUGAAUACACACAGACUCAUGGGGACUCGUGUCACAAGCUAAUAAAUCACUCAGAAUGAGGUUUUUUGGGGAAAGUUGAAAUGCACAGUCUCCUGUAAGGGGUAGGUUUAGGUGUAGGGUUGGUGUAGGACAAUAGCACAUACAGUAAGUACAGUAUAAAAACCAUUACGCCUAUGGAGAGUCCCCACAAGCAUAGCAAACCAGACGUGUGUGUGUGUGUGUGUGUUUUUACUACUUUGUGAGGUCCAAAGGAUUGCACAAAGAUGGUAAAAUAAGGAACGUUUGACUUUUUGGGGUCCUUAAAUCAGACCCCACAAAGGCAUGAUCUCUAAUAUAAGACUAUAAGAUGAUUAAAUAUACUACUGUCCAAACCUAAACCUACCUGUCACAGAAAACAUUCUUAAAAAAUGUUUUUUAACAUUCUUAUAUGUGACCCUGGACCACAAAACCAGUCAUAUGGCUUAAUUUUGUGAAAUUGAGAUUUAUACAUCAUCUGAAAGCUGAAUAAUUGAUGUAUGGUUUGUUGGACAAUAUUUGUCUGAGAUGCAACUAUUUGAAAAUCUGGAAUCUGAGGGAGCAAAAAAAUCUGAAUAUUGAGAAAAUCACCUUUAAAGUUGUUCAAAUGAAGUUCUUAGCAAUGCAUAUUACUAAUCAAAAUGAAGUUUUGAUAUAUUUACGGUAGGAGAUUUAAAUAUCUUCAUGGAACAUGAUCUUAAUAUCCUAAUGAUUUUUGGCAUAAAAGAGAAAUGUAUAAUUUUGACCCAUACAAUGUAUUGUUGGCUAUUGCUACAAAUAUACCUGUGCUGCUUAUGACUGCUUCUGUGCUCACAUUUAUUUGAGUAUAUACAUAAAUGUUAAAAUUAAGUUAGGUUUCUGUGGCUGGUAGGUUUGGGGUUGGUGAAAGUUAGGUCCAUACUAUAGUGAGUUUUAACAUUCUAUUAAACAUUUUUAUUAUCAUAACAGGAUAAUAAAAGGACUAAAGGACCCCACAAAGUAGUAUAUUUUAGUUUUUACUAUAAACAAAGAUGUGUGUGUGUGUGUGUGUGAGUGAGAGUGUGUGACAUAUAAGGACAUAAAUGUGUAUAAUUACAAGGGUAUGACAGGUAUUACAAGGAGAAGGUGAUUUAUGAGGACAUUACCGCAUGUCCCCACUUUUCAAAACGAGUUUUCUUGAGAAAGUAAAAAUGCACAAAGUUUCCUGUAAGGGGUGGGUUUAGGUGUAGGGUGAUAGAAAAUAUGAUUUGUACUGUAUAAAAACCAUUACGCCUAUGGAGAGUCCCCAUAAACCACAAAUACCAGACUGUGUGAGUGUGUGUGUGUGUUCAGGAUGAACCCUGCCGCUCAGCCGCUCCCGGUGCAGGAUGUCCAGGGUGAUGCGCGCUGGAUCUCACAGCAUGAGCGCUUUGUGCAGGAGUGUAAGGACGCAGAACCAGACGUGCUGUUUAUCGGAGACUCCAUGAUUCAACUGAUGCAGCAACACGAGGUCUGGAGGGAUCUGUUCUCGCCGCUGCACGCGCUUAACUUCGGUCUGGCCGGAGACACGACCUGCAACGUUCUCUGGAGGAUCCAGAACGGAGAGCUGCAGAACAUCCAGCCAAAGGUGGUGGUUCUGUGGGUCGGCACCAAUAAUCACCAGCACACAGCAGAGCAGGUGUCAGGAGGAGUGACGGCCAUCACACAGAUCCUCAUCUCACAGCUCCCUCGAGCCAAGAUCAUCGUGCUGGUGCUACCACAUACACAUACACAGACACGCACAUGCACACUCACACACACACACACACUCACACACACACACACACACGCACACUCACACACACUCACACACGCACACACACACACACUCACAUGCACACACACACACUCACAUGCACACACGCACGCACUCAGACUCUCUGUGUGUUGUUCUCAGGGUCUUCUUCCUCGUGGAGAGCAUCAGAACCCGUUGCGUGAGAAGAACGCAGAGGUGAACGAGUUAUUGCGCUCAUUAGUCCCGCAGCUCGGUCCGGCUCAGUUUCUGGACGUCAGCGCUGAGUUCGUCCAAUCAGACGGAAGCAUCUCAAAACAUGACAUGUUUGACUUCCUGCAUCUGACAGCGGCUGGAUAUCAAACCCUCAGCAAACCUCUCCACGACCUUCUUCUGCAGACACUGGAGGAAACCACAGCUGCUAAAUAGACGUCUGUCAGCACAGCGCACACACACACAUACAGAGUUUGGCUACAUACAGCUUCUCAACAAGAUCAAGCAUCUUUAUCCUCUCAGAUUGAAUCAAUGGCAUGAUUGUUUUACACAUAAUGUUGCUAAAGCACCAAUACAAAUAUUUUUUCUCCUUCUCCAAAAGUUCUUACUGUAACAUUUGUAAACAUAUACAUAUCAUUGUCUGUUAAAAACUCUUUAUCAUAAAAUAUUAAAUAAAAGCUUUUAAAUGUGAGAAUUGUA